AGCCCACCGGAGAGGAGAGUUUACAUGGACUACAAUGCGACCACUCCCCUGGAGCCCGAGGUUAUCCAGGCCGUGAAGGAGGCCAUGCAGAAGGCCUGGGGGAACCCCAGCAGUUCAUACCCAGCAGGCAGAAAGGCCAAGGAUAUUAUAAACGCAGCUCGGGAAAACCUUGCGAAGAUGAUAGGCGGGAAACCUCAAGACAUAAUCUUCACUUCUGGGGGCACGGAGUCAAAUAACCUAGUGAUCCACUCCAUGGUGAAGCACUUCCACGAAAACCAGACGGCAAAAGAAGAUGGGGUUGAGCACCAGCCCCUGGGUGACCGGGCCAAGCCGCACUUCAUCACCUGCAGCGUGGAGCACGACUCUGUCCGCCUGCCCCUAGAGCACCUGGAGGAGGAAGGUGUGGCCGCAGUCACCUUCGUCCCGGUGUCCAAGGUGAGCGGGCGGGCAGAAGUGGAUGAUGUCCUUGCGGCCGUCCGGCCCACCACGUGCCUUGUGACCAUCAUGCUGGCCAACAACGAGACUGGUGUCGUCAUGCGUGUCCCUGAAAUCAGCCAGCGUAUCAAAGCCCUGAACUCGAGGCGAGUGGCCUCAGGGCUGCCCCGCAUCCUGGUGCACACAGAUGCCGCCCAGGCACUGGGGAAAAGGCGCGUGGAUGUGGAGGACCUGGGAGUGGACUUCCUCACAAUCGUGGGGCACAAGUUCCAUGGCCCCAGGAUUGGAGCACUCUACGUCCGAGGCCUUGGUGAACUGACCCCUCUGCACCCCAUGCUGUUUGGAGGUGGGCAAGAACGGAAUUUCCGGCCAGGGACGGAGAACACCCCAAUGAUUGCAGGCCUCGGGAAGGCCGCAGAGCUGGUGGCUGAGAACUGUGAGGCUUACGAGGCCCACAUGCGAGACGUCAGAGACUACCUGGAGUUGAGGCUGCAGGCCGAAUUCGGUAAGGAAAGGGUCCGUUUGAACAGCCGGUUUCCAGGGACAGAGCGACUUCCCAACACCUGCAACGUUUCCAUCCGCGGACCCCAGCUUCAAGGCCGUCUGGUACUUGCCCAGUGCAGGACGCUGCUGGCCAGCGUGGGCGCCGCCUGCCACUCAGACCUCGGGGACCAGCCCUCCCCGGUGCUACUGAGCUGCGGGGUCCCACUUGAUGUGGCCAGGAACGCACUGCGGCUCAGUGUGGGCCGUGGCACCACCAGGGCCGAGGUGGACCUUGUCGUGGACGACCUGAAGCAGGCUGUGGCCCGGCUGGAGGGAUCACCCUAA